AAACCCUGGCCGGUCAAGUAUUUGCACGCCGACGGUGGUCGAAGUAUGAGGUUUGUUGAAGGUGUUGGGAAAGCAGCAUGUUAGAAUAAGUUACGAAUAAUAAAUGAUGGACCAAAAUACCCAGCCGUCUCAAAUUCGAAGAGGAAAAGCUUGUAGUAUUACUAAGCCUAGGUCUCCAACAGGUCCUUCAGUUAUGCCAGACAUAAUCCAGCAAGACACGAAAGAUAAACCCUUAAUGGACAGGAUGGAGGCAGUGUAUAAGAAAUGGAGCCAAUCUCAACCAGGAGAGACCAGGAUAUCAAAUGAAACAAUCCCAGGGAAGGAAGCAUGGCUCAACAAAUUUGGAGAGUUAGCACCAAGGAAAAGGAAAAACAAAGGACCAUUAUACCCAAUAGCUCUGGAUCUUGUUCCAGAGGUUGUUAAUUUUAAGACCAAGCCCCCUCCAUCCUCUGAAAAUUCAAAGGAUCAGAGACCAUUCAAGGGACGUUGUUGUCCAAGGUGCAGUCCAUUAAGUAGAAAACUUCUGUUUGCAGAUAAUAUUCCACACAUGGGUCUGUCCAACGUUCUUCGGUUACCUUUAGAAACCAGGUCUGGUGUGGUAUCUUACCUUCUCCCAAAUCUGAGUUACAUUGCACAGAGGAGCGUUAAUCACAUCUACCCACCCAAGGAAAAGAUGAUCGACAUAGUGGCCAGUAGUAAUAGGGUUCAGUCAGCAAUAAAAAAUAGUGCAAUGUCAGACACAGAAGGUAAAUGCAUAGGCCUAUAUUUAUUUUGCUACAACAUGGUACUUCAGUAUAAAGGUGUGCCACUGGUGUUCGUUCCAAUGCAUCGUAGUCAUCUAGAUUAUGUCCUUCUCUCAUUCAUCUUGCAUAAUUAUGGUGUGAAGGCUCCACACAUUGCAGCAGGAGACAACCUUAACCUUCCGAUAAUCAAUUGGUUCCUUCAGAGCCUCGGUGCUUUUUAUAUUAAACGUAAACUUGACCGGGAAGUCGGCAAAAAAGACUUAGUGUAUAGGGCAGCAUUACAUACAUAUAUUGAAGAGGUGCUUCGGAGUAACCAAAGUCUUGAAUUCUUCAUGGAGGGUGGAAGAUCAAGGAGUGGCAAAUCUUUAUUGCCCAAAGGUGGCUUGUUGUCGUGCGUUGUUGACUCAUAUUAUGAUGGAGUGAUUUCAGAUGCAUUUAUUGUACCUGCAUCCAUAAGCUAUGAAAAAAUCUUAGAUGGAAACUUUAAUAAUGAACAAAUGGGUUUGCCGAAGAAGAAAGAGACGUUCUUGAUGGCGGUACGCGGAAUACUUGAUGUUUUGAAGCACAACUAUGGGCAUGUGAAAGUUGACUUUGUUCAGCCUUUUUCAUUGAAAGAGUACCUAGAGUCACCUCAGGUUCCUGCCACACCUGUGAGUGACAUUGCGACCUCUGGUAUAUGCAAGACGAAAGUCAAGAGGGCAGCCAGUGACACAUCCUUAUAUGGCACGGACAUCGUCGUCGAAGAUACUCGGCAGCUGGUCAAGGGUUUGGCGGAGCAUAUUUUAUAUGAUUCAGUACAAGUUUACACAAUCAUGAGCACAAACAUUGUGGCAUUUUUACUAAUGACUAAAUUCAGGGAGGGUGUUUUCUUUGAGACACUUGUCAAGGAGUUUGAUUUGUUGAAAGAUGAAAUUGCAUCUCGUGAGCAGAGCAUUGGUUUUACUGGAAAAUCUGUGGCUGUUGUCAACCAUGCACUUCGUCUUCUCGGAGACGAUCUCAUCCGGAGGGAAAGCGUUGAAGUCGAUUGUACCACUAGCCCAGAUCUCUUAUGGCAUGUGUGUUCAAAGUUGACAUUAAAAUCGCACAAAGAGAAGGAGUUUAUUUCGCCAGAAUUGAGCUUGCCGAAAAUUUUUCAACUCUCCUACUACAGUAAUGCCCUCAUCUCUGUUUUUCUCAUGGAGUCAAUACUUGCCAAUGCCAUUGUUGCAGAGUGUGGAAGUUCACAGUUGAUGUUUAACUCUUGCCAAUCACAACCGUUUUCAGUCAGUAAGGACAUGCUUGUGAAAAAAGCUAUGCAGCUGUGUGAUCUGCUUCAGUUUGAAUUCAUCUUUGCUCCACCAUGUGGAAAUUUGACAGAUGUUAUCAACGACACAAUCGAGAAUCUAGCUGCGAAGGGAAUCAUUGCCAUCAAAGACGCCACAGCUGCAUUCAAAGAUCAACGGUGGGUACGCCGUAUUGCUGCGUCCACUGGCUGGGACAGUGAGGAUAGCGAUGAUGAAAUAACAUACCAAGCAGAUAAAGAGACUAUUGAGGUUGACCUGUCAACCGAGAAUAAGAGUCAGCUUCAGUUCUUGCAGUCCAUCCUUGGACCACUUGUUGAAGGCUACUGGUUAUCAGCAUGCAACCUUGUUCGUCUUUUGGACAUGGAUGUGGACGACAACACGUACCUUAAACUGGUCAAUAUGCAUGCCAAAGAAAGAGUUGAAAAGGAAUUUGCUGUCUACAAUGAAAGUUGUGCCAUGGACACACUGCGUAAUGCUCUUAAAGUGUUCCUGCACUGGAAAGUCCUAAUUACAUACUAUGAUGCGGAGAAUAUAAAGAUGUUACAGUUGAAGGAGCCGUACAGAGAUGAGGGUAAACUCAGCGUGCUUAUUGAUAAGAUCGAGGCAUUCCGUGUAUAAAUCCCUGGUUUUAGAACUGAAAGAAUAUUCGCCAUUUUAUUGAUUAAUUCAAUUUGCAAUAUGUAGUGAGGGAAGCAGGUAUGAUGAGGAACCCAGCAAAUUCAACCAUUACAGAUAUUUUGUGUGUACUGCAUGGCAGUAAAUACUAUGCUAUCAGCAUUGUAUAAGAAUAACUCAUAAAACCCAAGCGUAAGAGAAAACUUGACUGUACCUGAAGAGGCCUGCAUUCAUUCUCGGCUGUGUGGUGUUGAAAAGUUCCACCUUGACACAUCAGAGCAUUCAUAGAAUCACGGUGACCAACCAUCAAAAGAUAUUGACCCAAAAAUGACAAGAUGUGAGCCACAAAGCACAACAGGCAGGUGUGUUGCGGUGGUCAGUCACUGUGAUCCUGUGAAUGCAGUGCAAGUUAAAUUAAAAAUGGAUUUUUAUUAAUUUUCUGCAUUUCCCCGACGAGCCCUUUUUUUAUACCUUGUUUAGGGAACCCAGGGAGUGCAAAUAUUGAUGAUUUCGAAUAAAAUAAAAUUUUAUU